UUAUACAUACGUACCGUAGUAGUCAUUGCUCUUUGGGAGGGUGUACACAAGCAAGUAGUGUAAAGAUGGCGUCGACGGUGUGUGUUUCUAGGUGCCGACUUUUAGCGAAAUUAGAAAUAAAUCGUGGUUUGUGUUUAUCAUCAAUAUUUAGGGAUUUGUCGAAUAGCAGAGAGUCGUGGUGCCGGCGCUGGCGACCAACACGGCGAUCUUUCUUCACAAGCGCUUGUGCUCACGGAUCUAAAAAUGCUCCUACAAAAUUGGAACCAGAGAAAUCUGAGGAAGUAUUGGUGACGUACCGUCGCGGGCUACCGGUGAUCACGGUGCCGCUGCCAUCCCGCCGCGAGCGCUGUCGCUUCACGCUGCGCCCCGUCUCACAGACCGUUGGCGAUCUAUUGGAACAGGUGAAGGCGGAAGACCGCGGCGUGGAGCGCGCAGUGGCCCUGGCGCCGGAUGAUCGCGUGCGUAUCGCCGCUAGCGACACGAUAGAGUCACUGCUAGAGAACGACUUCCGACUGGUCAUCAACGAUACAGAGUAUUAUGUUAAGAGUCCGCCUCAGGAACGUUUGAGUUCAGAAGAGAUAGUUCGUUUGAGCGACGUGCGCAACUUGGUUAAUCAGCUUUAUGAAGCUCUUAAUGUUCGCGAGCAUCAGAUCCGCAAAGAGCGUGAGCUUAGAGGACAACUGGAAAAACUCUCUGCUGAACUGCAACCUCUCGAAGAGAAACGCAUGUCGCUGGAAGUAGAAACGUCUCGGCGCACGUCCGCCCUCACGUGGGUGGGCCUAGGUCUGAUGGGUGUGCAGUUCGGGGUCCUGGCUCGGCUGACCUGGUGGGAGUACUCCUGGGACAUCAUGGAACCUGUUACUUACUUUGUCACAUAUGGCACCGCGAUGGCAGCGUACGCGUACUUUGUGUUGACGAAACAGGAAUACGUGUUACCGGACGUAAAAGACAGGCAACAUCUCUUGAUGCUUCACAAGAAAGCGAAAAAAAUCGGACUCGACAUCAAUCAUUAUAAUUAUUUAAAAGAUGAGAUAGACAAGCUUCAAAAGGACCUUGCCCGUCUAAGAGAUCCAUUGCACAUCCAUUUGCCGACAUCGUACGCGCCUAAAACUGGUGAAGACAAACGUUCCCCGUUAACAAAACUAAAGGACAUGCUCGAUGAAACUAGUAAAAAAAUGAAAAUCACGUAAUAUAUGUUUAUCACGCGUCGUCGCUUGAAAUAGACGCGUAAGACCCGGCUUGUUAACACAUUCACUGCUACUCACUCUGCGAGUUCACGUGAGUAUGUGUAAAUCAUAGUGGCAUUGAACGUGUUAA